GAGAAGAUCCAACGAAUGCGGGCUGGAGCAUAGCAUCAGUAAUGCUUCAGUCUCGCCAAAUCGCCCUCUACCAAUCACGAUGCCUGCCCGAUCCUCCGGCAGAUGGCAAGACCAUAAGACCCAAUCACGCCCAUGACGUUCGGCAGAUCUGACCACUUCCACUCUGACUGCUUCGACCACACAUGAUUCAGGAUUGUCCCUGGUCCUUGCAUCUGAGGUUACCAGCAGGUCCGUAUUGGGUUCGGCCGCCGUACCCACUCCGUCCAGCGGCCUCAAGCUCAUUCGCAAUCUGACCAAGCCCUAUCAAGGCCAGCCUUGACAUGGCUUGAGCGACACCUCCCCUGCCGGUUUUGCCUGUAUUCAACAUAUCACCAUAUCCACCGACCGGAAACUGGGGCCCUUGCCCAUGGGGGUUCGAACGGCCCGCAAUUGACAACAAUGGGACGUUAGAGAUGAGUAUGCAUCUAUCCUUUUGUCCGGACAAACCAGACUGGCCUGGCCUUGCAUUCAGACCCUGUUCACUCGACGCUCAACAAUGACAUGAUUUUACAUUCGAAGUGGGUCUGGGGACUCAUCAGGAGCAACGCGGAGCAGGUGGGCGACACAGGAUGGCAACACGGGGAACUUCAUCUCCCCAUGUAUGCGGUGCCUCCACGGCUCAGUCCAGUUCAGUUUGGUUUGUGCAACGGUAGGUGAUGCCAUUUUUCUAUAUAUUGUCUGUUGUCUCACCCAUCAUCUGCCUGUCUUUCUCUCAAGGCACUCAAAGCAACUUCCAUAUCAUUCCCUUCUACAAACACCCAUCUCCUGAAACCGUUUGUGGUGUUCCGUCUGCUUCUAUUCGUGGUCUGGUCAAAACCCGGUCCACCCCCUCCAAGCCUCUAUCUCUCCAUUCUCAAACUACCCACAUUGUACCCAACAUGGGCGCCGCACAGGAAGUCGAAAUCCCCAUCAGCAGUGCCAACUCUGUGGACGGCAAGGAUGAAAAGGACGUCGACUUUGUCGAGUCUGGCUCGGCUCACCACCAAGAAGUGGGCUGGGACAAGAAAUCCACGAGCAAGCUGAUCAGGAAAAUGGAUUGGGUUCUCCUGCCCUUCCUCUCUUUACUUUAUCUUCUCUCAUUUCUCGACCGAACGAAUAUCGGCAAUGCUCGUCUGGCUGGUCUUGAAAAAGAUCUGGGCAUGACUGGACUUGACUAUAACAUCGCUCUUGCCAUUUUCUUCCCCUUCUAUGUCAUUGUUGAGCCUAUUUCCAACUUGAUGUUGAAAAAGACUCGCCCAUCGAUUUGGAUUCCAUUCAUCAUGGUCUGGUGGGGCAUUGUCACCACGCUCAUGGGUCUUGUAUACAACUAUACCGGCUUGUUGCUUGCUCGUGCUGCCCUGGGCAUCGCCGAAGGUGGCUUGUUUCCUGGUGUAACAUACUACAUCACCCUCUGGUACCGACGACAUGAAUGUGGUCUCCGCAUGGCUCUCUUUUUCUCAGCCGCCACUGCUGCCGGGGCGUUCGGGGGUCUCCUUGCUCGUGGAAUCAACGAAAUGAGCGGCAUUGGAGGAAAAGCCGGCUGGGCUUGGAUCUUCAUACUCGAGGGUCUCCUCACAUUCUUCAUUGCCAUCGUUGCUUUCUUUGUCAUGCACGACUACCCAUCGACUGCCACAUUCCUCACCCCCGCAGAAAGGGAAGAGGUCACCCGUCGUCUUGAAGAAGAUCGCGGUUCAUUGGCCGACGAGUUCGACCUGAAGUAUUUCUGGCACGCCGUCAAGGACUGGAAAAUCUGGGUCCACAUGUUCAUCACCAUUGGACAAUACACCCCAUUGUACUCUUUCGCUCUCUUCCUCCCCACGAUUGUGCGCACUCUGGGAUACACCGACAACCAGGCUCAACUCAUGUCGGUGCCUCCCUAUAUCGUGGCCUGCUUCUGCUGUAUCACCGGCGGCUGGGCUGCUGACAAGCUCAAGACCCGUGGCGUCUUCAUGAUCGGUUUCAGCAUUACUGCCUUGGUCGGCCUCAUCCUGUUGAAGACUUCUGAGAACGCACACGCCAAGUAUGCUGGAUGCUUUCUCUUUGCCUCUGGAAUCUAUCCAAACGUGCCCCAGGGUGUGGCGUGGAACGGCAACAAUAUUGGAGGCAGCGUCAAGCGAGGUGUAGGCAUCGCAUUCCACGUUGGCUUUGGUAACCUCGGUGGUGCCAUCUCUGGAUUCAUCUAUCUCAGCCGGGAUUCGCCAAGAUUCUCCACCGGACAUACCAUUCUGAUCUCCCUCAUCAGCAUGAGCACGGCUCUCCAGAUCAUGAUGACUCUCUGGCUGCGACGCGAAAAUGCACGACGAGACCGCGAAUACAAGCCACCAAGUCAAUACACUGCCGAGGAAAGGUACGCCGAGCGAGAGAAGGGCGACAAUGCUACCUUCUUCCGUUACACUGUUUAGAAGCUCCGCUUGGAUUGAGUUUGUUGCAUAUACAAAGAUAGACUUGGAUUCGGUCGGCAGUUUAUGGGUACGCCGGGGAAAGCUAUCUCGUUACUUUAGAAAUUGUUACCACCCAUCUACAGAAUGGCACGAUUGACACCGUCUUUGAAAGCGAGGUAGUCUCAGCUUCACACGCAUCUAGACACCUCCUUUCUGUAUGUCUUAAGAUGCGUCAUGCAUUGGACUGUUGGCUUCUCCAAGAAGAACAAAUGAAGCAAAGAUAUCCAUAGACAGGAG